GAGUUCAUGUGAGAGUCUGAGAGAGUUUAUCAGAGAGAGGCUGGCUGCUGCAGCGGAGGACAUUUUUGUAGUUUUUAGGAGAACUAUGGUGGAGUAUGAGGAGGAGAUCGACCGUCAGAGCAGACUGCUGGAUAUCGCCUGGAAACCUCACAUCUACCUGCAGAGGACAGAUGUUCCUCAUCCACACGUGUGUAAGGAGGAGGAGGAGCAGCUCUGUGACCAGGACAGGAACUCCAGCCUGGACCAGGAGAAUUCAGAACCUCCACCCAUUAAAGAGGAAGAGGAGGAAGUCUGCAGUCACUCAGAUGUUCCUCAUCAACAAGUGUGUGAAGAGGAGGAGCUGUGUGACCAGGACAGGAACUCCAGCCUGGACCAGCUGGAUCCAGAACCUCCACCCAUUCACAAGGGAGAGGAGGUGGAGCAGCUGGUACUAAAGCAGGAGACGGACACGUUCAUGCAGACUUGUGAGGAAAGAGACCACAGUGAAGAAGAAGCCAAGGAUGAACAGCAGCUCCUUCAUCACAACUCUCAUACUGAGAAUCAAGAUCCUGAAGGAGGUGAUCUCAGAGACUCAGGACUAACAAGAGAACCAGAACUAACAAGAACAUCAGAACCAACAGGAACAUCAGACCAAAUGAGAAAACUAGAGCAAACAGGAACAUCAGGACCAACAGGAACUCCAGAACUAAGAGUAACAUCAGAACUAACGCAAAAACUAACACCAGUGAGAGAAACCGGACCUACAAGAACAUUGAAACCAACAUCCAGACUAACACUGAGACAAAUGAGAACAACCGAACUACUUAGAAAACCGAACCCAACUAGUGAACCAGAACCAACAAGAACAUCAGAACCAAUGAGAAAACCAGACCCAAAAACAUCAAAACCAACAGGAACAUCAGAACUAACAAGAACAUCAGGACCAACACGAAAACCAGAACCAAUGACAGAACCAGAACCUACAGGAAAAUCAAAACAACCAAAAACAUCAGGACCAACAAGAAGAUUGGAACAAACUAGAAAAACAGAAUUAGCCAGAAAAACAGAACCAACAACAUCUCAACCAAUGAGGGAACCAGAACUUACUAGAGAACCAGACCCAACAACAUCAAAACCAACCAGAAAAUCAGAACUUACACGAAAACGAAUAUCAAAGAGAGAAACCGGACCUAUGGGAAAAUCAAAACAAACAAGAACAUCACAACAAGCGAGAGAACUACAACCAACACCAAAACCAGAACCUACAGGAAAAUCAAAACGAACAAGAACAUCAGGACCAACAAGAAACUUGAAACAAACAAGAAAAACAGAACUAACCAGAAAAACAGAGCUAACAACAACUGAACCAAUGAGGGAACCAGAACCUACUAGAGAACCAGAGCCAACUGAUGAACCAGAACUAGCCAGAAAACCGGAACAAACAAAAUCAUCAGGACCAACGAGAGCGUCAGAACCAACACAAACAUCAGGACUAGCUCAAGAACCAAAACCAAAGCUGAAGAAAAAGGGUAAAAAAGGAAGAAAGGAGAAAUUCGAGACAGCAGAGAUGGACUGUAAUCCUCUACAAGGCCAGAUGUGUGUCAGGUGUGACACCUGUGGGGCAGGUUUUAAGGACACGUCAGAACUAGAGACACAUCAGCGAGUCCACAAAGUAUCGGAGAUUCACACGUGUGAGAGCAGUGGGAAAGCGGUCAGGUACAAGUCAAAGCUGAAGGUGCUCAAAAGAACCCACACAGGAGAGAAACCGCACUCCUGUCAAACAUGUGGGAAAGAUUUCACAUCUAGCCGUUGGCUGAUGAUCCACCUGAGCACCCACACAGGAGAGAGACCGUACUCCUGCAGCACCUGUGGGAAAAGCUUUGCUCAUAGAUUACAUUUGAUGCAGCACAGCAAAAUUCAUGCAAGUGAGAAGCUGUUUACCUGUGAAACAUGUAACAGAUCUUUCAUAUUUAAACGCGACCUGACGGUCCACAUGAGAACCCACACAGGAGAGAAACCAUACUCCUGCACCAUCUGUGGGAAAAGCUUCUCUCAAAAAUCAAACCUGAACGGCCACAGUCGAGUUCACUCAGAUAGAAAGGCGUUCAUGUGCCAAACAUGUGGGAAAAGCUUCAAAUGUAAGAAGAGACUAACACUCCACACGAUGACCCACACCGGAGAAAAACCAAACUCCUGCAACACCUGUGGGAAAAGAUUCUCCCAGGCUGGAAAUAUGAAGAGGCACAUGAUGAUUCACACAGGCGAGAAGCCGUUUUCAUGUGACACGUGUGGAAAAUCUUUCCGACGUAAAUGGGAAGUCAACUCCCACAUGAGGUCACACACAGGUGAGAGGCUGCACUGUAGCACCUGUGGGAAGGGCUUCUGCUACAGUUCAAACGUUCAUAGACACAGUCGCAGCCACAAAGAUGAGGAGAUGCUCACCUGAACAGUCUGCAGCAGGUCACUGAGACAUGGUCAGAACUAAAAGGUACAGUGUGUCAAAUGAGGAAUAUUAAAGAGAUCCAUCAAUCAGAAAGGGAGGAAACAGAACAAGACAAUUAUAAUCAAGUAAAAGUUUGACAAUCUGAAGCUGUCACCGGUCAUACAACCCUGCACCACCCACAUUCACACCCAUUCCCUUCCUUCUACUCACCCAUUCGCUCAUCAUUGGUGCCACCAUUCAAUUCUCCACCUGUAGAAUCCCCAGCCAAGUGAGCGGAGAGAGGAGCGAAGCAGAGAGCGAGUGGGGCAACAAAGCUCAAUGCAACACACGAAAGUGAGUUUUUCAUUUAAUCCUUCUUUCCGUUCGUCCAACAACUGCGUCCAUAUCCUGCAUCUUCAAUCAUUCCUCCAUUCACUCAGCUGCCAACCAACACAGAAGCCGGUCCCUCUCCCCUCACAACAGCCACCAUCAACCCAGAACCCCGACUGACUGGACUGGAGACUGACAGACUGACUAACUGACCGGUUUAAGUGCUGUUUUAAAACCUAUCAGAACAUUUUUUGGCUGGAAGGUACAUUUUCGUUCAUUACUUUGUAAAACAUGUUUUUCUUUGCGAAUUUUUUACGUCUUCCUUUGGAACUAACCCAGAAGUGGGAAUUUGCAUUGGACUUGUUUUCUUGGGGUACUGGGGAAUCAUGGGAUUUUGAGUUUAUUUUAUGAAGAACUGUUUUUGUUUUUGGUGUUGCGUGUUGAAUAUUUGCGCUGGUUUGAAAUAUAAGAGUUGAUUUUUUUGUUUGUUUGUUUGUUUUUAAAUACUUUGUUGCUGCGUUUUCUUUAUUCUGUGGGUUACUU